AUGCUGACUGUCCCCACUUUCGGCACUCUCGAAGUCCCUACUCUGGUGAUGGGAUUGGAAGUGGGCCAGUCACACCAUUCGUGCAAUUCCUGCCCGAGGGUAACAACACAACAGAAGCAAGGCAUCAGGGGUCAAUUGAACCAUCCUCCAGAUUCUCUAGAAAUCGUGCCUUCGGACUAUCAUCUUUUCUUAGCAAUAGACAACCAUUCCCCUAUUGUUUCGCUCGAUAACGGUUCAAUAUUCGGAAUUCCUCGAAGAUUCCUGGCAGUCCUGUUCGUCGUCGGUGCACUGGUAUGCUUGGUCUUUCUGUCGGUCCUCUUCUGGAAUCGUUAUCAGAACGACGCCACAGUGAUCACGUUGAAUAAUGACAGCGAGCGAUUCAAGAUAUACAAACCGGCUAUGUUUAUCUGUCCGAUGCCGAACGUAGACGAGAGCAAGAUACCACAGGCGUUCGAAAAACACGGCAUCGAACGUACGCCGGAAGCGGAACAGUUCUUCACAUUCCUGUCGUACGUUAAUUACGCGGAAAUGGACAAGACACCGGACUUCGAUAAGGUGCCGUCGAAUAAAUGGCUGGAGAUUCUCCACGAUAUACGGAGGGACAUACCGCCAAUCAAUACGAAAGAACCAGAUCCGUACGAGGCUUGGGUGGUCACGGAAAAUGGCAUCUGUCUGGCGAAGAGAAACGUGUUCGCGGUCUACGCUACGUAUAAGUAUUGGAUAAGCAACAAUUGGACCACCGUCCCGAUACCUGAUGAGGUACCAUUUUACAAUCGCGACAACGACCGAACGCUGGAAACCGUCGCUAUGCAGAACGAGGCGCUGUUUGCUAUGUGCGACCCUUUCGAGACAUUAUCCUUCGGGGGCCAAACGAAAUUGAUUCAGCUACGAAUGGUGCAACGUCUAAUCAUGUCGAUAUCCGAGAUUAAGACGAAGUCAAACGUGAAAGAGUUACAUGUGCAUCAAAGGAAGUGCAAGUUCGUCACCGACGGUGGUUUGAAGACGUGGCCGGUUUACACGAGGAACAUGUGCACGAUAGAGUGCAGGAUGCGAGUGAUCGAGAAACGGUGCAACUGUCGGCCCCACUUCGCCAGACCAAUAGGUGGUGUGAACGUUUGCAACGCGAGGCAGCUACGUUGUAUCGGUAACAUAACGAAGGACCUUUUCUUGUCGGAUAAUCCGCCGCCAUUUUGUAACUGCCUACCGAACUGCAACUUAAUUCGAUACCAAAUGGCAGACAGCGGGGGGACAAGCACACUGAAUGUUCCGACGAGUUCAACGAGUAUUUCUCUAAUCAUUGAUUUUCCGAAGAUCGUUUACUACCGAUCGCUGUUGUACGGCUUCACUGGCUUUUUGACUAGUGUCGGAGGAGCUGCAGGAUUAUUUCUGGGAGCGAGCGUCCUGUCAUUCGUGGAAAUAUUUUAUUACGCGACGUUUCACGUGUGUUUUUACGCGAAACGGGUGAAGGAAAAGAAUAACAAAAUGUAUAAGGUUCCUUUACACGAUUAAGACGGACCGAUGUAUACUUAACAAAUAUUAUUUAUUUUAAAACAAGUUGUUUCUUCCCGACAGAGUACACGAUGUAAAAUAAAUAUCGUCAUAUAGAUACUACUGUACACAAGACACGACAUCAACCCGGCAUUAAUUGUACAAUUUACAAGGAGAGUAAAGAACAAUCCACCAUUCCCAAUGACUAUCUCCCGUUUUGAUUUAUACACCUCUCGCGUAUCGAGAUAGUCAACA